UUCAGAUUUUAUUUACGUGAAAGACAAAGCGAUGUUCCUUGGCUAGAUAAUUAUGGACUGGAUCCACAGAUACUAAGAGACUUUAUACCUUUUCUGCUACAGAAGGAAAAUAGAGAGUACCCUGAUUUGUGCCAAUUGCCAGACCUCAAUGAGUCGACGCUGCUGGAAAACCUGCGGCAGCGCUUCGAGGCUGGCCACAUCUACACCUACGUCGGGAGCAUCCUGAUCGCGGUCAAUCCGUUCAAGUUCCACCCGAUCUACAACCCGAAAUAUGUGCGGCUGUACCAAAACCAGCGGAUAGGGCCAAUCCUGCCGCCGCACAUCUUUGCCAUCGCCGACAAUGCGUACUACAAUAUGCUGAAGGAGAAGCGGAAUCAGUGCAUAGUAAUCAGCGGCGAAAGCGGUUCCGGCAAAACUGAGAGCACCAAUUUCCUACUGCACCACCUGACGGCCCUUUCCCAGAAAGGCGCCCAUGGAUCCGGAGUCGAACAAACCAUCCUCAGUGCGGGACCGGUCCUGGAAGCCUUCGGUAACGCAAAAACAGCCCACAACAAUAACAGCAGCCGGUUCGGAAAGUUUAUCCAGGUGAACUACCGCGAGAAUGGAAUGGUCCAGGGAGCGGUGGUCCAAAAGUACCUGCUCGAAAAGAGCCGCAUCGUUUCGCAGGGUCACUACGAGCGGAACUACCACGUGUUCUACUACCUGCUGUCGGGUGCCACUGAUCAAGAGCGGACCUCUCUGCACCUACUCCCCGCGGAAAAGUACCAUUACCUGAAUGCCAAAAAUCUAACCCUGGAAAACUGUGACGAAAAGUACGAAUUUUCCCGACUGAAACAGAGCAUGGAAAUGGUUGGCUUUUCGGCGGAAAAACAGCGACGUCUUUUCGCCGUCCUAUCGGCUGUUCUGCUACUGGGAAACGUGGAGUUCUUCCCGAAGAAAUCCACCUACCAUCACGACGAAAGUGUUCAAGUCCGAAACCCGGAAGUGGUGGGACUGAUUUCGGAACUGUUGCGGGUCAAACAGGAAACGCUGCUGUCGGCGUUGAUUUCGAAACGGGUAAAAGCGAGUGGCGAAACGCUGAUCAUGCAGUACAAGCUGCCGGAAGCGAUCGCUGCGAGGGAUGCGUUGGCCAAAUGUUUGUACGGGGCGCUGUUCGAUUGGAUUGUACUGCAGGUGAACCAUGCGCUGCUGAACAAGGAUCAAACUGUGCACACCGGACACUCGAUCGGAGUGCUUGACAUCUUUGGUUUCGAGGACUUUGACUUGCAGAACAGUUUCGAGCAGUUGUGCAUCAAUUACGCCAACGAGCAUCUUCAGUAUUACUUCAACUUGCAUGUGUUCAAAUACGAACAGAAGGAAUACAAACGGGAGGGUAUUAAGUGGACCGAUAUCGAGUUUAUGGACAACUCCGGCUGUCUGCAGCUGUUCGAAUCGAAGCCGUCCGGUUUGCUGUGCAUCUUGGAUGAUUUGUGCAACUUCCCGGGUGCAACGAACGAAACGCUCCUGCAAAAGUUCAACAGUGUCCACAAAGAAAACCAAUUCUACGAAAAGCCCCAGCGAAAGGAAAAUGCAUUUAUCAUCAAACACUACGCCGGAAAGGUGAAAUACCAGGUGGCUGAAAUGCGCGAAAAGAACUUGGAUCUGAUGCGACAGGACAUUGUGAGUGUACUGAAGAACUCAAGCAUGGCGUUUGUGCGGGAACUGGUCGGAGCCGAUCCGGUAGCCGUCUUCCGGUGGGCCAUCCUGAGGGCAUUUUUUCGUGGUUACUUUGCCUUCCGAUCGGCGGGCAUUAAACACCGCAAGGAGCGAGCCGACCAAUCGUUCAACAAACUCGCCACCAAGAGUCGCUAUCGUGCUCCGAAUGAUAGCAUAGUGAGCCAUCUAGUGACGGUUUCAUCAGUAAACCUUACAAUCAAUCGAAUCGCCAAACGAAUCAGCAAUGUCAUGCAUGAUAUCACCUCCUCGAAUACCAGCUCCAACAACAGCAGUGGUUCCAACAUCAACUACCAUCGUCAGUCGACUCCAGCAGGCCAACAGCAAAGCUUUAGCAAUAGUUUCGGUGCCGGCUCUGUAGGAACUCCUCGCCGGUCUUGGUCCAGCUAUGCCUUCAACAACAAAAACUUUCCGGACGGUAAGCUAAGUUACGAGUGCCAACAGCAGCAGCUGCAAAACUCCACUUCGACGUCGGCAUCAGUAGUUUCUUCGACGUCAUCCAGUACCACCACCCCAUCUGUAUAUAGUAGUAGCGCUAGUGGUAAUAACAACGGCAAACAUCAUCAUCAACAGCAGGUAGCGAAUUCUGCCGGCGGAAGAGCCAGCUACGGAUCAUCUCUGGCGGCGCGCUCGCGCUUCGAACGCUCGACACAAGAUGUCAUGGCGCGUGCUUCCCAAAUUGUUAUGAAAAACAAAUCGUUCCGUCCUCGGGAGCGUCCGAAGAAGGGCCUGAAGAACCUGCAGUCGGUGAAGACCCUAUCGGCUGGGCAGUAUCUGACCAAUAAUCAAACGGCGGCUAUCAAGACCCGUAAGCAACCGCUAACGGUGACGGCCCAGUUCCAGAACUCGCUGAUCGCGCUGAUGGAGACGUUGAAUCAGGCUAAUCCGUUCUUCAUUCGGUGUAUCAAGUCGAAUCCCAACAAGGUACCGAACCAGUUCGAUGAGGCAACAGUUACGCGACAGUUGCGCUACACGGGCAUGCUGGAAACGGUGCGAAUCCGUCGGGCCGGGUACAACGUUCGACUUACCUACGAUGAGUUCAUUCAGCUCUACCGAAUCCUGCUGCCGAAAGGUCUCAUCAGUUCCCAGAAGGACGUUCGGGACUUUAUGAACACAAUGGACCUGCAGAAGCAACACUACCAGCUGGGGCUGACGAAAAUCUACAUGCGCGAAUCGCAAAAGAUGCGGCUGGACAUCUGUCUGCACACCAAGAUCAUCGAUAGCAUUAUCACGAUUCAGCGAUGGUUCCGGUCGAUAUUGCAACGCAAAAAGUACUGUCAGUAUCGAACCGCGGCCUGUACGAUCCAAUCGUACUGGCGCCUGUAUCUGAAGGACAAACAGGACAAGCUGAUCCGGGCGCUGCACAACAAGGCUGCGACCAUAAUUCAGGCGACCUGGCGAGGCCACUCGGUGCGGACCUGGUUCGGCAAGCUGAAGACCGGGGUGCUGGUGAUACAAUCGAGGAUACGGGGGAACCAGGCGCGGGAAAGAUUCAAGGUGAACUUGAGCAAGAAACUUCAACGAGAACGUGCCAAAUUGCGGUCGACGCAGAGUUUACCGACCACCGAACGUCCGCUGGAGAGUUCUUUUGAUACGCCGGAGAUUCAUGCGCACAAAGCGAUCGUUGGGAAGAUGCAGCCCACGACGACUGUGGGAAUCAGUUUUGAGUCGGCGAUUGAUAUCGUCAAUAAGAACCGGGCCCUGUUUAGUGAUAACAGUCUCAGUAGUGCGGAUUUUAUCGACGACGACGAGGAUGACGAGGACGAAGACGACGAGGACUGCUACGAGGAUAUGGGUUUGGUGGACGACCCGAGCUAUAUGUCGGCAGCGGUGCGGCAUGAAGCACUUAUGGAUCAGCACAAUGUUAGCAGUGGCAGCGCGGACAGUGGCCUGCUGGACAUGUGCAGCAGCAGUAGCUUGCAGCAACAACAGUCGAAGAUGCCGCUGCAUAGGCAGGACGAUGUAUUGGAUAGGCCAAUACGGAAAUAUGAUAUGGAACGUGCUAGCAAGAGCACGUUCGACGAAGCAGAACUGGCCAAAUAUCGCUAUGAGCGAGGAUUGAGUUCGAUUAGCGGUGGCAUCGGUGGAAAGUCACCGGUGCGAAGGGUCGAUUCGGGACCGUCCCCCGGUCAUCGUAUGCGUUACGAUGCGACGUUCAGUGGUGGAGGCACCGGCCUCAGUAGUGGUGGCAUGAUUCGAAAUCAGAACCACAGCAAUAAUAGUUUUAGUUCCAGUAACGUUGAAAUCGUUUUUGUAAAUACCGGUUUAGAUAGUCUUAAUUCAUCAAUGUCCGGUCCUGGCAUGGCCAACAGUGGUAGCAGUCCCAAUGCACCGAUAAUCACUUCGGAACAACCGCACAAACAUCCUCUACAACGGAAUCUCAAUCGACACUCACAAACGCAACAACAGCAACAAUCAACGCUUAAUCGAAGAGAACUGAUCAGUCGAAACCAGGGCGACGAAAUUAACUCCAACUACCAUCUGCAGCAUAGUCUACAAUCCGCAGCCCUCACCUCAUCGCUGUCGUCUGCCAACUAUCAGAAUGUACAGUACCCAUCCUCCCCCGGCACCAUCUAUCAGCAACCUCAACAGCACUACCCCAACAACAACAAUAACAACACCAUCAAAUCGCCCAGCAACAGUAGCAACAGUGGAAGCACCAACAACCUCUACAACUACGUUACUCAACAACAGCAGCAGCAACAACCUCCUCAGCAACAGCAACAACAACAACAACAGCAACAGUUCAUCCCACCGGGAGGAGGUCCACUAGCUGCCCAAAACAAUCUUCCUCUAUCGCAACGGGUAGCCAGUAACUAUCCAGACGAUUUCGCACAAAACUACUAUAAUACCAUCACGCCGAAAGGCAAAGCGGCAGCCUUGCUCGGCACUAAAUCGGAGGACUCGAUCAAGUACGGUGUCAACAAGGAUAUCGAUCUGACGCUUUCGACCAGCUCCGGGGGCGCCGCCGGGUUGAACUCGAUCGCUACUCAGAUGGUUGCACCCAGUAAAACGCGUCGCAUCAAAACGAAUCUCAGUGAUGAUUUUUCCAGUGGUAGUGGAGGGGCAGGAGGAGGUGCUGCCGGCGGUGGACCCAGUGGUCCCGGUCAAUCUGCCCUGCGACGCAGUGCCAUCAUCAGUUCCGGGAGCGUAGAUACGUUGAAGCGGAGGAACUCGGAUCCAACCAACAAGAUUCCGUUGUUGGAGGUGAACCGGGGCAAUGAUAUGUAUCAGUCGAGUACCCGCAUCAACAUUGCCGGGCACCAGUUCCGCAAGGUGCAGCGUAUCAACAAGGCGGAGAAGUGCGCCAGCUGUCAGGAGAGCGACUCUUUUGUCAACGAAGGUUAUCGCUGUUUGGACUGCAAAGUUCUGGUGCAUACCAAGUGCAUCCAGAAUGGAGGUAUUAAGACGCUCCAGUGUGCGGCUAAGCGAUCUAAGCGGAUACGAACCGGUAAACACGACAAGCAUGCUCCGAUCAGCGGAGUGCUCGGCAGCACCAGUACACCGAAUUCCAAAUUUUCCGCAACCCGGGAGUACACCGAUUCGACCGAUAAGAUUAUUAGCGAUGCCAAAGAGCUGCAGCUGAUGCAGGACUUCAUUACUCAGAAGAUCUGCAAAAUGGAGAGCGAUUGCGAGAAACCUUCGGAGGUCGAUCGGGUUUUCAAGCAGGCGCUGCGAGAGUUCAAGGACAAUCUGGUGGCCCAGUACUCGGUGGCGCACAAGCAGAACUCGGAACUGCUCAACAUCAAGUACCGGGAUCUGAUCGCUAACUUUGAGCAGGUCAUCGAGACCACCUCGGGGCGAAAGAACGACUUUCCGCUGACGAUGGGCGUGAACGCGUUCCGCGGCUUCAUGAACGAAUUCAUGAACUCACGGGAAACGGAAAAGCCCAAGACCAAGCGGAAAAAGGACAAGAAGCGAAAGCACGACGAGCACACCACGUUCAAUGGUCACACAUUCCAACUGACUAUCAUCAACAUUGCAACGGCGUGCGAAAUCUGCCAACAGUUUCUCCUCUGGCCAAUCGAACGGGGUCUGGUGUGCCAAAAUUGUCGUCUAACGUGCCACAAGCGGUGUUACCUGAAGUCGGUGGCCUGCAACAAGAUAGCGAACUCGGGCGCUGGUCCACUAGUGGCGGGAGGAGCGCUUUCCCUCGGGCCAAUUGUGAGCGGGGCUGGAGCCGGUGAUCAUCCCAAUAAACUGUUUGGGGUUCCGCUGACGGCGCUAUGUGCCGGUAGCGAUGGCAUUAAGAUUCCGGCCCACAUCUACAGCCUGAUCAUGAUGAUCGAAAUGCACGGACUUUACUCGGAAGGUAUCUACAGGAAGAGUGGCGUCAGUUCCAAGAUCAAGGAUCUGAAGGCGAGGAUGGAUCGCGGGGCAGCAGGAAUGGAGGAGAUCGAUUAUGAAAGCUACAACGUGCAUGUUUUGACCAAUGUGUUGAAGUCGUUCCUGCGAGAGAUGCCAGAACCUUUGCUGACCUUCGAUAGGUAUGACGAUUUUCUGAGGGCAGCGGAUCUCUCGGAUACCAAUGAUCGGGUGCAGACGUUGCUGUCGUUGAUUAAGAAGAUUCCACCGGCGCAUCACUGUCUGUUGGAACGGUUAGUGUUCCAUUUGGCGCUGGUGGCUAAACUGGAGCAGUAUAAUAGGAUGUCGGCCAGUUCGUUGGCUAUCGUUUUUGCCCCAUGUGUGUUGCGGACCAAUAGGUACGUUCCAGCGCAGGACAGUUUAAACGACAUCGGACGGCAGACCAAGUGUAUGGAAACGCUGAUCACGCAGAAAAUGUUGAACGUUAAAAGUACGUUGGCCGAUAUCGAUACCUUGGAUACGGCUGCUCAUACGGCCACUACGAGAUUGAGUACGUUGAGGAGUAGUAAAGUGUUCACGCAGGAGGAGAUGGCAUCGAACUCGAGAGUAGCCGGUGGAGGACUGGAAACAGAAACGGAAGAAAUGCUGCUAGAGGGUCACAUUCAGGAGAUCAAGAAGGAGAAAGCCCUGCUUACUUCGACGUUGCCCAGUUUGGCAAGGGCUAGUUCCGACGACGACCUGCUGUCGACGGAUUUGGACGGGGAGGGUGGCAGUUUGGACGAUCUUAGCAGUAGUAAGGAUAAGGAUUUGGAUAGUAGCUAUAAUAAUGUGAUCAGUGACAGUGGCAUCUCGAUUCGAUACCAACCGCCUUCGGAUCACGGAAGCAGUAACGUUAGUCUGAACAAUGACGUAGCAAUGGCUGUGAGUUAUAAUUUGCGCGAUCAAAGUCUCGACUACUUCCAUAAAGUAAGCAAAACGAAAUCUCUAUCUCACCAAACGUUGCUCGAUCGGGAAGCCUUUCUGAAGAGUGGCAGCCAAAGUGGAUCCGCGACGACGCCACAGUCACCGACCACGACCAUCACGACGUCCUCCUCAUCGCCUUCCUCAUCCUCUGCACCGUCUAUGAUGAAAUCGCAGAACGGAAGCACCAGUAGUGUGAGCAACAAUACAGCCCCCACAACCACGGCCAGCAGCCAAAAAUCAGUCAGUCGAUCCGACAGCCAGCAGCAGUUGAAUCUCAGCCAUUCGAUGGUAACCCUAUCGACGGGCGGUACCAGUAACUCCUCAUCGUCCACCUCCGAUAUCCACCAAGCCCAGCAGCAACAGCAACACCACCGACAGAAACCGGCCAUCAUGCGAAGUAUUUCCGGUGGUUAUGAACCGACGUCGGUGUCCUCGUCUAUGUCCGGCGCUUCGUCUCGCGAAGGAGUAGGAGGUGGCAGCAGUCGGAAGAUUUUGAUCCAACAGUCAGCAUCGAUCCCGAUCAGUGCCUCGUCCUGUUCGUCGUCGUCCUCGCUCGGUAACAUCGGCAAUGUGAGCGGUAUUCUGAAGGAUGUUAAGGAACCGAUCAAAGCCAGUCGGCGGAUGUCCAGCAAUCGACGACAGAACAGCAGUGGUGGCGGGGGUGGCGGUGGAGCAUCCGGUGGGGGACCCGACUCCACCUCCGGCAAUAACGGGGAUGACGAACCGAUAAUGGUUUAGAAGAGGCGGUGGGAAUUUAAAUCUCGAAAGAGCGUGUUUUCUUUGAUUUUUAGGGAGGUCGCAUAUAAAGAGAUAGUUUUUUUUUCAUUAAACGCUAGUUAGUUAGUCUUAAAUAGUAUUGUUUCCACUCCACGUGUUAGUUAUGUUCUUGUUUUUCUUUUAACGCUGAAGAAAACGAUACUACUAUAUUUAGACAUUUAUAUUGUACAGAAAGUUGUGAUCUGCGUCAGCGCACAAACCUCUCUUCAUAUUAGGGGGAGAUGUGUUCCGAAACGUAUGCGGCGUGUGUUUAUCGAAUGACCACGGGAUAAAGAAAAGAAGAAGAAAAACUACGUAGAAGACAAGUCGUGUUCGGUUAAAAUUUUUGUGUAACAAAAUUAUUAUAACGAUGAUUUAUCACUAAUAUUAUUUAUAACGCAAUUUUGCGAAAGCAUCGGAGAAAGCAAAACGAAACAGAAAAGUAUAUUACCGUUGAUCCUUCUUGAUUGUGUGAGUGUCCCCUUGUGUGUAUGUUUUGGAAUGUCUGCGAAUGUGUAUAGAAAUCUCGAAAUAAAAAAAAAACAAUGGGUUAAACAACAAGUCAAAGCGUGUGAAUGAUAACUGCGGCCAAUAAUGGUCGAGAGUGGGCUUAUGAAUGGAGAUCUGGACGGAACAUUAUUUUGACGAAACUCAAAAACUCAUUAUUCAUUAGUGCAGAAACAACAGAAAAAAGCCAAGAAACAAGAAAGUUAGAAAGAAAGUAACGAACGCAUAUUUAAGAAAUUUGCAUUAACGCGCACUCUUCACAGAAAUACACCCAGAGCAUAUACUACCAUAAUCUCAUAAUAUGCGUUAGAUAGACGAAGGAAAAAAAAAUCGUAUAGUAUCAAAGGAUAAUAAGAAAAAAGAAUCAUAUAUAUACCUAAUAGGAAGCAUACGCCCCCAACAACCCAAUAUCCGAAACGAAUCGAUUGAAAUUAAAUCAAAAGCAGUAAAACUAUAUUUCAAUAAAACGAAUUUAAAAUUUAUCAAUAAUAUGUUACGUUUGUUCGUUGAGUUUGUUUUUAUUUUUUCCGAAAUUCUUGAGUUCGUUAUGUUCUUCUGAGUUGUGGUUUUAAUUUUUUUUUUUUUUUAGUUUUCUUACGAACCGUUGUUUGUUUCGAAAAGUGAUCUUGAUUCAAAAUACAAUAUAAAAAAAUACUGACUCAUUUAGGAUUUACUAGCCAUAUUUCAAAAGGUCAAAAACAUCUAUUUUAAAAUUUUCUUUCUGGUAUUGACAUCUAAGUCUCGAACGUUUAUAACUUACUUAUUGGCCCUUAUUCUGCGCCUCGAGUGACGUGACGAUAGUAGAGUCACCCAAGUCACUCUAUUCCAGCAGUCGGUUUAGGUGAGGAACGUCACUUCGGAUGAACUUUGUGAGUUCUUACUCUAUUCUCGUAGUCACCGUGGGUGAGAAUCGUCGCAUUCGGGUGACGAUUUUAGGUGACAAUUGUCGGUACGUUUUCAGGUGACGACGAGAUAGAAAUGAAAUGAAAAUUUACGAAAAUUACAGUAAAGCGGUGUUGUUAGUUGUUAGAAAUCAAUCAAUAUACUCAGCAUGUUUUAAAGCUUUCAUUUAUCUAUCAAUUUGUAAACGACGAAAAUUUCUUUUUAUAAACGGGUUGGAGUUGAGCGGUUUUAAGGGAUUUCUGCUAAAUUUGGCUGAAUGAAAUUCCAAACUGUUUGUUUCCGAUAAGUUAUUUUUGUAACAUCUUUAUUCGGCUCAUACCUUUAGGAUUUUAGGUGACGAUUGUCGGUACGUUUUAGGUGGUGACGAGCAAGAAAAGAAAUGAAAAUAAAUGAUGCUGCUGCAGCCUUGUUGACUUCGAUACCAGUGCUCGGUAUUCCAUAAUCCCUAUGAUCUAUUAGCGACCGGGCUGUGGGCUUAUGAUUUCCGGCAUGCCACGGUGGUAACCUCGGGGAAAGCACCUAGAUCGGCAGCACUAACUGAAAACAAAAAAAAAAACACGUGAAUCGCUUAUAUCUUGUAAAAUGACACAAAUCGGAAGCUAUUCUGGCCAAGCACUUUAAAAGAAAAAUUACCUUACUCACUUGAAUCCGUCUGUUGGACACCGGUUGGUUGCAGCAGCAGCGUCGAUUGUUAUUUUUUUCCUUCUAGUUGGAGUUUCCGGUUUCAGCUUUCUCCGCUUAGGACGCACAAAAAUGCCCGUUUUUUCGCUAUAGUUGCUUGCUGUCACCUUAUGACUCGUUGGUGGCCUUUUACGAACCGGAAUUCUCACUAAUAGCUUUAAAAAUCUGUUUGGAAAAUUCGAAGCGCGAACGAAAACAAAUCAAAUUCUACCAUUUUGACAGAUGUGUUCAUUCAGUCACUCACCUCUGUCACUUUACCGACAUCGACUCCGGGAAUAAGGUGACAAAACUCACGGUGACUCCGAGGUGAGGUGACAAUCGUCACGUCACGCGCGGCGCAGAAUAAGGGUCAUUGUCUAAAUUUCCUCAAUUUGAAUGUUAUUUUUCUUGUUUCUUCAUAAACUUUAAGAGAACGAGUGAUAGCUAAAAACAAAACUAAGGAAAAAGUACGUAAGUGAUAAAAGUAAAGGUGAAAAAAAAUCACAGAAAAAAAGUAUUCAAACCCAUCGUGUCAAAUUGCAGCACAAUGAAAUCUAUAACAGAAAAAGUGAACAAAAUCCGUUGUAAAUUGAUUACCAAUCUAUAAGAAAAGCUACCUAUAUGAUGUGCGCAUAUUCUACAUACAUAUAUUAAUAAUCGAGAAUCUCGCGACUUUAUGGUUAUCAUUUUAGGUUUUUUUUAAAUCCAAAAAACGAAAAAAAUCAACCCAUCGGCUAAGCCGUGGAAUGAAAAAAAUACCUUAACAAAUCAAACUCACACAACAUAUUUACAAAUCUCGAUGUGAAUGUACAAUUAAUGAUUUCAAACUAGUGAAUUACAAAAAAGGCAAAAACUUUAGACACAAUACCGAAGGUAGAAAAGUGGUUUUGAAAAUCACCAAAAACAAGAACAAAGCGUAGAAAAGAAAAGAAACUAUUGAAAAAAAGCAAACAGAAACAAUCAAAACAUUACAACUGAAAGUGAAGGACAAAAUGAAAGGACGGAGAAAAAUCUGAAAAUCAAACAGGAAACAGCGAUUAACAUUUAAAAAAAAACAUGGAAGUGAAAAUCUUUCUCAGUGUCAGGAAUUUAAUAACCGGUCUUUUUCCAAGAUGUUUAAACCACAGAACAAAAAAAAAUAUACUGACUUAGCAUAUAGCUGUAAAACCGUUUAUAUCUAUC